AUGGGGCCCAAGACACCCCCACAGCUCGCUGGGAAAUGGCAAGUGCUGUGCAUGUUGUCGUUGUGCUGCUGGGGCUGGGUGUCCGGGCAGCUUCGUUACUCAGUGGUGGAGGAGUCUGAGCCGGGGACGCUGGUGGGGAAUGUUGCUCAGGAUCUAGGCUUAAAGGUGACAGAUCUGUUGAGCCGCCGACUGCGGUUGGGGUCUGAGGAGAAUGGACACUUUUUUUCCCUGAGCUUGAUGAGUGGUGCUCUGGUAGUGAAUCAAAAGAUUGACCGAGAGAGCCUAUGUGGAGCCAGUACAAGCUGCCUGCUGCCAAUACAGGUGGUGACUGAACACCCCCUGGAACUAAUCCGUGUAGAGGUAGAGAUCCUGGAUCUCAAUGACAACUCUCCUGGCUUUGCCGCCUCUGAGCGAGAGAUACGCAUCUCAGAAUCAGCUGCACUUGGGGCCCGAUUCCCACUGGAUAGUGCCCAGGAUCCGGACGUGGGCACCAAUACUGUGAGCUUCUACACUCUAAGCCCCAGCAGCCAUUUCUUUCUGAAUGUGAAGACCCUAAAAGACGGGAAGCUAUUCCCAGAGCUGGUGCUGGAGCAGCAGCUGGACCGUGAAGCCCAGGCAAGACAUCAGCUGGUGCUUACUGCUGUGGAUGGGGGUAUCCCAGCCCACUCAGGGACGACCCUUAUCUCUGUCAUUGUACUGGAUAUUAAUGAUAAUGCUCCGACUUUCCAGUCCUCAGUUCUACGUGUGGGGCUCCCAGAAAAUGCACCCAUGGGUACACUGCUGCUCCACCUCAAUGCCACUGAUCCAGACGAGGGCACCAAUGGCCAACUAGACUAUUCUUUUGGAGACCAUACAUCAGAAGUGGUGCGUAACAUCUUUGGCCUAGACCCUAGCAGUGGAGCAAUCCAUGUGUUGGGUCCCAUAGACUUUGAGGAGUCAAGUUUCUAUGAAAUUCAUGCAAGAGCCCGUGACCAGGGACAGCCAGCUAUGGAAGGCCACUGCAUGAUUCAGGUGGAUGUGGAAGAUGCCAAUGACAACGCCCCAGAGGUACUGCUAGCCUCUCUGGUCAACCCUAUCCUGGAGAGCACACCAGUGGGCACAGUAGUGGGCUUGUUUAAUGUGCGGGACCGAGACUCGGGGAGAAAUGGUGAAGUGAGCCUUGAUAUCUCCCCGGACCUGCCAUUUCAGAUUAAGCCUUCUGAGAACCACUACUCACUGCUAACCAGCCAGCCUUUGGACCGGGAGACCACAUCCCACUAUGUCAUUGAGCUACUUGCUAGUGAUGCAGGCUCACCUCCCCUGCAUGCACAUCUCACCAUCCGGCUCAACAUUUCAGAUGUUAAUGACAAUGCACCCUACUUUUCUCAACAGCUCUAUACUGCUUACAUCCCUGAAAACCGGCCUCCAGGUUCCCUUCUUUGCACUGUGGCUGCCUCAGACCCAGACACUGGGGAUAAUGCCCAUCUCACCUACUCCAUUGUAGGGAAUCAGAUUCAGGGAGCCCCAGCUUCCUCCUUUGUAUAUGUCAACCCUGAGGAUGGGCGGGUCUUUGCCCAGCGCACCUUUGACUACGAAUUGUUGCAAAUGAUGCACAUCAUGGUGGGUGUGCGAGACUCUGGCUCUCCCCCAUUGCACUCGAACACAUCUCUGCAUGUGUUUGUCCUGGAUCAGAAUGAUAAUGCACCAGCGGUGCUGCACCCAAGACCCGGCUGGGAACUCUCAGUCCCCCAACGUCUCCCUCGCUCUGCUCCUCCUGGCUCCUUGGUCACCAAAGUGACAGCUGUGGAUGCUGAUGCUGGCCACAAUGCAUGGCUCUCCUAUUCACUGUUGCCACAGUCUACAGCUCCAGGACUGUUCCUGGUGUCUGCACAUACUGGGGAGGUGCGCACAGCCCGGGCCUUACGGGAGGAUGACUCUAACACCCAGCAGGUUGUGGUCCUGGUGAGGGACAAUGGUGACCCUUCUCUCUCCUCUACAGCCACAGUGUUGCUGGUUCUGGAGGAUGAGGACCCUGAGGAAAUGCCCAAAUCCAACGAUUUCCUCACACUCCCUCCUGAGCGUUCAGACCUUACCCUUUACCUCAUUGUGGCUCUUGCAGCCAUCAGUCUCUUAUCCUUAGUCACCUUCACCUUUCUGUCAGCUAAAUGCCUUCGGGGGCACACAGAUGAGGAUGGGGGUGGGGGCCAGUGCUGCAGGCACCAGGACUCGACCUCUCGGGACUUCUAUAAGCAGUCCAGUCCCAACCUGCAGGUGAGCUCAGACGGCACACUCAAGUACAUGGAGGUGACACUGCGGCCCACAGACUCACAGAGCCACUGCUACAGGACGUGCUUUUCACCAGCCUCGGAUGGCAGUGACUUCACUUUUCUAAGGCCCCUCAGUGUCCAGCAGCCCUCAGCGCUGGUGCUGGAGCCUGAUGCCUUCCGGUCCCGCUCUAAUACGCUGCGGGAGCGGAGCCAGCAAGCCCCGCCCAACACGGACUGGCGAUUCUCUCAGGCCCAGAGACCUGGCACCAGCGGCUCCCAAAAUGGCGAUGAAACCGGCACUUGGCCCAACAACCAGUUUGACACAGAGAUGCUUCAAGCCAUGAUCUUGGCCUCUGCCAGUGAAGCUGCUGAUGGGGGCUCCACCCUGGGAGGGGGCGCUGGCACCAUGGGCCUGAGUGCCCGCUACGGGCCCCAGUUUACCCUGCAGCACGUGCCGGACUACCGCCAGAACGUCUACAUCCCCGGCAGUAACGCCACACUGACCAACGCGGCUGGCAAGCGAGAUGGCAAGGCCCCCACCGGUGGCAAUGGCAACAAGAAGAAGUCAGGCAAAAAAGAGAAGAAGUAA